GUUCUCGCCUGUGAGCAGCUACAGGUCCGAUGACCUCAGUGGCAAGAACCCCCGGGUCACCGGUCUGGUAGGCUCAGAGCUCAGGCAACAGGAGGAGGAGGCACUGCGGAGGAAGCUCAAGUACUUUUUCAUGAGCCCCUGUGACAAGUACCACGCCAAGGACCGCAAGCCCUUUAAACUGGUUCUGCAGUUGCUCAAGAUCCUCAUUGUCACUGUACAGUUAGUCCUGUUUGGCUUGAGUAACCAGAUGGUGGUGACAUUCAAGGAAGAGAACACAGCAUCCUUCAAACACCUUUUCCUUAAAGACUACCGGGAUGGCUCUUCAAUGGCAAUCCACACACAGAGUGAACUCUAUAGCCAUAUUUAUUAUGCUGUAGAUCAGUUCCUGGCUCUACCACAGACAUCACUAGGGCGGUAUGCAUAUGUGUGGGGUGAGGCUGUGAAUGGGAGUGCCCUCUCUCUGUGCCAGCGGUACUACAAGAGGGGCAUCAUCGACCCCAUCAACGACACCUUUGACAUCGACCCCGAAGUUAUCACCGAUUGCAUUGGUGUAGACUCACUACCAGACCCCCCUCCUCCUGAUUACAGUGACUACAAGAACUUCAUUCUCCAGUUUCACAAGCUGAUCAAUGUGACCAUUCAGUUCCAGCUGAAGGCAAUAAACAUCCAGACCAUCAUCAACAAUGGGAUUCCUGACUGCUACACCUUUGCUAUUAUGGUUGUCCUGGAUAACAAGGCUCACAGCGGCAGAGUGAAGAUCAGCCUGCUCAACCAUGCCUCCAUCAAGAAGUGCAAAGACCCCAACGUGUGGGGGAUAAUGGUGAGAGAGCCGGAGAACUAUGCACGGGAGGCUUUUGACUUGCUGGUGGCCAUAGUGUGUCUGCUGUCCCUGCUGCUGUGUGGUCGCUCCAGCCUUAGAGGAGUCAUCCUACAACAUGAGUAUGUCCAGUUCUUCAGACACAGACUGAAUCACAGUGUGUGCUGGGCAGACAGGAUGGAGUUCAUUAAUGGCUGGUUCAUCCUGCUCAUCAGCAGUGACCUGCUCACCAUCACCGGCAGCUUCAUCAAGAUUGGCAUAGAGUCCAAGAACAUGUCAUUGUAUGAUGUGUGUGGGAUUUUGCUCGGUACCUCCACUCUGCUGGUGUGGGUGGGAGUCCUCCGCUACCUUAGUUACUUCCAGAAGUACAAUAUCCUGAUUGUGACGCUGCGGGCUGCCUUCCCUCAUGUAAUCCGCUUCUGCCUCUGUGUAGCUGCCAUAUACCUGGGUUAUUGCUUCUGUGGCUGGAUCGUGCUGGGUCCUUACCAUACCAAGUUCCGCUCUCUGUCCAUGGUCUCAGAGUGCCUGUUUUCUCUGAUCAACGGGGACGAUAUGUUUGUGACGUUUGCUGAGAUGCAGAAGAGUGGCACGCUGGUGUGGGUGUUCAGCCAGGUCUACCUCUACACCUUCAUCUCCCUCUUCAUCUACAUGGUGCUCUCCCUCUUCAUUGCUCUCAUCACUGGAGCCUACGAUGCCAUCCUGGCCCAAACCCAGGAGCCGAUGCACAUCACAGACCUGCAUGCUUUCAUAGCAGAGUGUACUGAUACACCUUGCUCUGGAAAGUUCAGUGGCCCAGAGGCAUCCUCCUGUUCAUUCCUCUGCUGGUGUGUGUGUGUGUGUGUGUGUGUGUGUGUGUGUGUGUGUGUGUGUGAUUCAGGGUUUGAUGUUUUUGUAAUCUCAAUUCCAUUGACAUAAAUUGUUCAAUUCUCCAUUUCACAUCCACCAGUGGGAGGAUGUCUUCUAGGUGAUAUGACCUUAGACUACACUGUCCUCUGUAGGAUGUGCCACGUCGGUGCAUUUAAAUUCAGACUGGUACAGUAUGUUACUAACUGUUGUAGAUUGCACAUUAAUAUUUAACACGCCAAUUCAUUGGGUUUUUAUAGCUAACAAGUUACAUUCAUAUGGCUAGCACAUUCUGCUAGCUAAUUCAUGACUGUAAUACAGCAAUAUAGCUAGCUGUCCUUUCAGAGAGAACUGAUUUUGCACAACAUACUGUAUAUCUGAAUGUUUUACUUAAUAUGAGUUGUAUUUAUGCUGCAGUUUUGAUUUAUAUUGUUGAUAAGCCUUUGUUGAAUUGGGUCUGCAUGACCCUAUGACCCUAUGACUGAAGGACGGCAAUGGUUUAAUUGUGCUUUACUGUGCCUGGGGGCCCUGAACGUUAUGAUUGUCCUCUGAAUUAUGUUUAUGACAGAGACGCACACAAACAGACAGGCUUAAACGUGCACACCGUUAUGUACUGUAUUUUUAGGGAAGGCUACUCACUCUUUGGUCCUUUAUUCCCUUCUCCUCCUCUGGAUGGGAUGACGACAUGUUCAAGGACAGGACCUGCAGCCAUAGUUAGUCAUCAAUAUGUAUGAAGAUUUGUAAGCGAUCAAAAGGAAGGGAAGAGUUGGACAAAUAGAGAAAUCAUUGAUGCCUACCCAGAGUGCACUGUUUCUGGUGAAGUUGUUCUUCCAUUACAUGUUUUCCAAAAAAUAUUUAUUCAAGUAUGUGUUGGUGACCAGAAAUGUAAAUUUUUUCUCCAUUCUUUGAAUGUUUUUACUUAGUACAUUUUAUCUUGCUUGAAAUGAUCAGGUAUGCAUAUACAAUGAUCAGGUAUGCAUAUACAAUGAUCAGGUAUGCAUAUACAAUGAUCAGGUAUGCAUAUACAAUGAUCAGGUAUGCAUAUACAAUGAUCAGGUAUGCAUAUACAAUGAUCAGGUAUGCAUAUACGAUGAGUCGUGACAUGCUGCGCCACUGUGCUGCAUGUCACUAAUAAUCACUAAUAAUUUUAGUAUGGCCAAAUUGCUCAACGUCUACAUUUUGGAUGAGCGUCUCGCUUGUACAUAUUUUUUU